CAUUAAAGAUAUCGUUCCAGUAAAGGAGACUCUGAUAAUCAGUCUUUCGAUGAAAGACACCUGGAUGCAAAUGGAUCGAGCGUAAGUGCUGGCUACUGGCUGGUGCUGGCUUUAGCUCGAACGUGCAUUUACGGAAUUAUUAAUCUCAAUAUAAAUUCCGUUAAUCAAAGGAAAAAGUUAUCGUUGUAAAAAUGGCUGAUUUUCUGGACUCCGAAGCGGAAGAGAGCGAAGAGGAGGAAGAGUUAGAUGAUAAUGAGAAAAAGAAACUCAAGAAAAUAAAAGCUGUAGCAGAAAGUGAAGAAGAAGAAGAGGAAGAUGAUGAAGACCGUUUGCGAGAGGAACUCAAAGACCUAAUAGAUGACAAUCCCAUAGAAGAGAGCGAAGGGGAAGAUAGUGAUGCUUCUGGAACAUCUAAGAAACGUAAAAAAAGCGACGAUGAGGACUUUGAUGAUCGUUUGGAAGAUGAAGAUUAUGAUCUAAUAGAGGAGAACUUAGGAUUUAAAGUUGAAAGAAAACGUUUCAAACGCCUCCGCAGGAUUCAAGAUGAGGAAUCGGAGGAGGAACAGGAAAAAGAAGCUGACGAGGAAAGAGAUGCCAUCGCGAAUGAGCUUUUUGAAGGUUCAGGAGAUGAAAGGGAGGUUACCAUGGAGGAUGAAAGAAGAAGCGAGCGCAGUCACAGACCUGAACUGGAAACAUUUGAUGAAGAAGGAAGCGAAGGAGAAUAUACAGAUGCGGAUGAUUUCAUCGUUGAUGACGACGGUAGACCAAUCGCUGAGAAACGGAAAAAGAAAAAGCCAAUAUUCUCCGACGCAGCGUUACAAGAGGCUCAAGAUAUCUUCGGUGUCGAUUUCGAUUACGAUGAAUUUGGCAAAUACGGUGAAGAGGACUAUGAGGAGGAAGAAGAAGAGGAAGAUGAAUAUAUGGAUGACGAGGACGCCGAGAGGCCCAGAAGACCAAAAAAACAACUAAAGAAGAAAACUACGAGGAAAAGCAUUUUCGAAAUUUAUGAACCUAGCGAACUUAAACGCGGUCACUUCACUGACAUGGACAAUGAAAUCCGUAAUACAGAUAUACCAGAAAGAAUGCAGCUCCGAUCCGUUCCCGUCACACCAGUUGCUGAAGGUUCCGACGAAUUAGAUCUCGAAGCAGAAUGGAUCUACAAACAAGCUUUCUGUCGGCCAACAGUUUCAAUACAAGACGCACAUUUAAAUGCCGAAGCAAAGGAAAGGGCUAGAAAAGGACCUCAGACAAUCGGGAAAAUCAAAAAGGCUCUGGACUUCAUGCGAAACCAGCAUUUCGAGGUUCCUUUCAUAUCCUUUUACAGAAAGGAAUACGUUCUACCUGAACUGAAUAUCAAUGACCUUUGGAAGGUGUACAAAUUCGACGCAAAAUGGUGUCAGCUCCGUCAGAGAAAAGAGAACUUACUAAAACUAUUUGAAAAAAUGAGGAACUAUCAGUUGGAUGAGAUCAUGAAGAAUCCUGACGCACCUCUGCCCGACAACGUUCGAGUGAUCAAAGACGACGACAUAGAACGGCUGAAGAACGUACAAACUAGUGAAGAAUUAAACGACGUGUACCAUCAUUUCAUGCUGUACUACAGUCACGAAAUUCCAGCGAUGCAAGAAUCGGUUCGUAAAAAGGAAAAAGAAGCGCGGAAGGAGGCAAGGAUUCAGAAGCGAAAGCAGGAACUUCUGGACGCAGAAGAAAACGGAGAACCUCCGCCAGAGGAAGAAGUGGAAGUAGAAGAAGAAGAGGAAGCGGACGAUACUCUGAAACAAGCGGUGCGGUCAGGUCCAUACUCCAUCUGCAGACGAGCGGGUCUCGACACUCUCGCUAAGAAGUUCGGUCUCACUCCAGAACACUUCGCUGAAAAUUUACGAGACAACUACCAACGUCACGAAGUGGACCAAGAACCCACAGAACCGUUGACCCUUGCCGGCGAACAUUGCAGUCAGAUUUUCACCACUCCUGAAGAAGUACUCAAAGCAGCUCAAUUAAUGGUAGCCAUACAAUUAGCCCGCGAACCUUUGGUAAGAAAAUGUGUGAGGGAAAUGUACAUGGAGAGAGCGAAAAUAUCUGUGAAGCCAACGAAGAAGGGCAUCAAGGAGAUCGACGAGAAUCAUCCGAUUUAUGGAAUGAAGUACUUGAAAGAUAAACCCGUGCGAGAUCUGGUAGGUGAUCAGUUUUUGAACUUAGUCAUAGCCGAGGAGGAUAAACUAAUUACAAUUACGUUGAGUGACAGUAUCGAGGGAAACACGACCAGCAAUUACGUGGAUGAAACCAAGCAGCUCUACUACAGGGACGAGUUUAGUAAGAAUGUCCAGGACUGGAACGCUCUGCGAGUCGGGAGCGUCGAAAUAGCCCUCACACGCAUGGUCAUACCGAACCUGAAGAAGGAACUGAAGACCAACCUCAUAGCAGAGGCCAAAGAAUGCGUGAUGAGAGCCUGCUGCCGUAAGAUGUACAACUGGAUCAAGGUUGCGCCGUACACCUGCGAGUUUCCAGAAGAGGAGGACGAAGAAUGGGACACCAGCAAAGGACUGAGAGUCAUGGGGCUGGCGUACGUUCCUGAUUAUUCUCAAGCUGCGUUCACAUGUCUAAUAGCUCCUGACGGAGAGUGCACCGAUUACCUCCGACUGCCUCAUCUGAUGAAGCGCAAGAACAGCUACAGAGAAGACGAGAAGACCAUGAAAGAAGCGGACCUAUUAGCAGUCCGGAACUUCAUAGCCACAAAGAAGCCACAUGUCAUUGUAAUAGGCGGUGAGUCCAGGGAGGCUAUGAUGAUAGCCGCCGACAUUAAGGAGUGUAUAGCGAAUCUGAUGGAGGAGGAGCAGUUCCCCUCGAUUCAGGUAGAGAUCUGCGACAACGACCUUGCCAAGAUCUACUCGAACAGCAACAAAGGCGUCUCCGAGUUCCGAGACUAUCCAGAACUUCUGCGGCAAGCUAUCUCGCUGGCCAGAAGGCUGCAGGAUCCAUUGGUAGAAUUCUCGCAACUAUGCACUGCGGAUGAAGAAGUCUUAUGCCUGAAGUACCACCGCCUGCAAGAUCAGCUGCCGAAGGAGGAGCUCUUGGAUAACAUCUACCUGGAAUUCGUGAACCGCGUGAACGAGGUAGGCGUCGACGUCAACAAGGCGGUGCAGCAAGCUUACUGCGGGAACCUGGUGCAGUUCGUCUGCGGGUUAGGGCCGAGAAAGGGUCAGGCGCUGAUCAAGAUGCUGAAGCAGACUAAUCAGAGACUGGAGAACAGGACGCAGCUGGUGACCGCGUGUCACAUGGGGCCUAAGGUGUUCAUCAACUGCGCGGGUUUCAUCAAGAUAGACACCAACAGCCUGGGAGACAGCACUGAGGCGUACGUGGAGGUCCUCGACGGCUCCAGAGUGCAUCCAGAAACGUACGAGUGGGCGAGGAAGAUGGCGGUCGACGCGUUGGAGUACGACGACGAGGACGCGAACCCCGCAGGCGCUCUCGAGGAGAUCCUCGAGUCACCGGAACGUUUGAAGGACCUGGAUCUGGACGCGUUCGCGGAGGAGCUCGAGAGACAAGGCUUUGGCAAUAAAUGCGUUACGUUGUACGACAUUAGAGCGGAGUUGAACUGUAGAUACAAGGACCUGCGCGUGCCGUAUCAGUCGCCUAGUGCGGAGAGGUUGUUUGACAUCCUAACGAAGGAGACGCCGGAGACGUUUUACAUAGGAAAGCUAGUACUGGCUACGGUUGUAGGAAUUAGUCAUAGGAAGCCGCAGGGCGAUCAACUGGACCAGGCUAACCCUGUCAGGAACGACGAAACGGGCUUGUGGCAAUGUCCCUUCUGUUUGAAGAACGAUUUCCCUGAACUGUCUGAAGUGUGGAACCAUUUUGACGCUGGAGCGUGUCCUGGUAAAGCGACUGGCGUUAGGCUGAGACUGGACAACGGAAUAUCGGGGUAUAUACACAUAAAGAAUUUGUCGGACAGACACGUUGCUAACCCUGAGGAGAGAGUGAGCAUAGGGCAAAUAAUUCAUUGUCGCAUAAUAAAGAUUGAGGUGGAACGAUUCAGCGUGGAAUGUACUAGCAAGAGCAGUGACCUUGCGGAUAAGAAUCAUGAGUGGAGGCCACAGAGGGACCCGUUCUACGACACAGACGCAGAACAGAAAGACGCAAAAGUCGAGGAGGACGCGAAGAAGGCGAAGCAACGUCAGACAUACGUGAAGCGAGUCAUCGUGCACCCCUCUUUCCACAACAUCAGUUUCGCGGAAGCCGAGAAGCUGAUGCAGAGCAUGAAACAAGGAGAAGCGAUAGUCAGACCCAGCAGCAAAGGCGCGGACCAUUUGACGGUCACCUGGAAAGUAACCGAUCAGAUUUACCAGCACAUAGACGUUAGAGAGGAGGGCAAAGAGAACGCCUUCUCUUUGGGGCAAAGUCUUUGGAUCGGAAACGAGGAGUUCGAGGACCUGGACGAAAUCAUCGCGAGGCACGUCAAUCCGAUGGCUGCGUACGCUUUGGAGUUAUUGGACUUUAAAUAUUACAAGCCGACGGUGGAGGGUAUCAAGGAUAAAGCGGAGGAGAUACUGAAGGAACAGAAGAAGGAGAACCCUGGAGGAAUACCGUAUAUAAUAUCCGCUGCAAAAAAUUAUCCGGGUAAAUUUCUGCUGUCAUAUCUUCCCCGGACUCGCUGUCGACACGAGUACGUGACGGUGUCGCCAGAAGGAUUCCGAUUCAGAGGACAAAUGUUCGGCCGAGUGAAUGAUCUGUUCAGAUGGUUCAAAGAACACUUCCGCGACCCGGUACCUGGGCAGUCUACUCCCAGUACUCCGAGAGGUGUGAUGACUUCCAGAACUCCUUACCAUACCACACCAGGUGCAGUGAGCGGAAUGAAUCAAGAAGCUAUACAGAGGGUGGCUCAGAAUCUUCCUCAUCAUAUGUUACACUCCUUAUCGCAAGUGGCGAAUCAAACACCCCACCACUAUCCUCCGCACACUCCAGGAACUGCGAGCGCAACUGGUUACGGUGGAGUUCACACGUAUCCUAACACACCGUACACUCCUUCCGGUCAGACACCCUUCAUGACACCGUAUCAGACACCGCAUCACACUCCGCAUCACGGUCAGCCUACUCCCAGAUACGGACAGCAGACACCUAGUCAUCAGCAGGGUCCGUUCAUUCAUCCGCCUCCUCCUUCAGCGGUGACCACGCCGGGUCACCACAGAUCAACUCCUUCGCACAGACCUACGCCUCCAAUGUCCACGUCUGGAGAUCCUACGGACUGGAAAAAGGCGGCUGAAGCGUGGGCACGGUUAAAAAGCGGGCCCCGUAUGUCCGGCUCCACUCCGAGAUACGACGAGUGCAGAAAGACUCCACGAAAUUAUGAAGAGUCGGUUGGGAAGACAACGCCACGAAACAGAACUUCAACGAGGACGCCAUCUUACAAGUCUCCUCGGGGUACUCCGCACACCAAUUCUAGUCCUCGGAGUAUGUCUCUCAGCGGAGACGGUACUCCACUGUACGAUGAAAGCUAACGAAUUCGUUUCGAAUUUAUUAUAUCGAAUGAUAUAAAUACCAGAGGAAUCUAGAAGAGAAUCGAGAAUUAUGUAAAAAAUAAAAAUGCCGAGCCCAUUUGCCGAAGAAUCAUAAUACUGAUCCAUAGCUAUCUUCCAACCUCUUACACGUUUAUAUAUUUCGAUAAAAUAUUCUCAUAUACAGUGCAUACGCGUAUGCAUGAAAUAUGCACCCUCGAUUCUCUUGGAAAGAUGUGUAUCAAAUACGAUUUGAAAAGUCGUCGAAAUCGAUCUAUUAUAUAUUUAUUUUUUGCAACAACAAUGUAUACUAAUUCAUGCCUUAGUAUAUACACGUAUAACAUAUUCUUUUUUAAAUUUAAUUUUACCGAUACUGAGUUGUACAGUUCUUAUGUUACCGACUUAGGAACGCAACAUGUUUCUUAUAUGCUUUAUACAACUGUUGAAUUACGGUAUUAAAUAAUAAAACAAUUUUAUCUUA